AUGUGUUGCCAUAGAAACCAAUCUGAUUUUAUUAGCGCCGACUUGACUAUUUGUGGCGACAAUAUAUUGAUUCAGACUGCAGUGAGCAGUGGAAGUAGAAAAAGGCUAGGUGGUAUCUUAGCAACAGUAUUAACUGUAUCCGUUCUUGGAGGUGGUGGCAUUGGAUCAUAUUUUGCAUUGGUGUCAGCAAAUGUAGAGCUGUCAAGUCAGCCAUACGCCACUCUUGACAUAGUACUUGGGUGGCUCAAGGUAUUUCAAUUGCACAUUAAUAUACAUAUUAGCUCCAGUAGUGAGGCUGUUAGUGGGCCUGCAUCUGAGUUAUUUGCAGUUGAAGUGUUCCUCAAAAUGGAUGAUGUAGACCCUAGCACAGCCAAGUUACAAGACGAGCAUAGCGACGAACUAACCCCUCGAUUAGUGGGGUCUAUCCUUGGCGAUGAAGUAACAUUUGGUGAUGAUGUCACCAUCGCUUUAGAUAUUCAACCAGUGGAAAUGGACUUCGGAGAGCUGGUGUGCAACCAUUACAGUGAGAUCUGUGUAGAAAUCAGACCAGUAGAAGAUACUAUCUGGCAAUGGAAAUCUGAUGAAGAAUUCAAGACAGCGUGUAUUGACCUCGGAAUGUGUCAAUACCCAAUCGAUGCCGAUGACUUGCAGCUACAUGUAGGUUCUGACCUACCAGGUACUCUUGACUUCAUUAUGGGGUCUAGCAGUAAAACUAUAGUAUUUGAUAUUGACAUCGGGAUCAGCAACGGAUCACAAUCUUACAGUGAUGUUGCAGACUCUCUGUUUUCCGUGUCCCUUUACUUCUCCGACGAGUUUGGAGAAUAUACUUCAUCAAAAUCAUCAAUCCACGAAUUGCCAAGUGAUAUGAUCAUGAUGGCACCAGGAGCUUUUAUCAGUCUCGCGAAUAUCAGUGUUAAUUACGACCUCACAGGAAUGGGCUGUGCUCAAACUCUUUACUUGUGUGUUGAUGUUGGCCCGAGAAGCGACUCCCCUUGGAUAUGGUCGGGUGCAGGUGUCGUCAUUACUGAUUGUCUUCCUGUUGUAACAUGUCAAAAUCAAAUUACUGCCUCUUCUAUUGAUCUAAUGGUCGCUACAGGAAACGAUCUCAAUAUGAUAAUGGGCUCCGAUAAAACUUUCACUUUAGAUAUCAGUAUAGUAACCGACCGAGAAACAGCUGACUUCGAAGCCGAAACAGAGUUUGUUUUCCAGACGUCACUUUAUUUAGCAUCCGAUUCAGAAGAAGCACGUAUACCAAGCACUGUAUCCUUGCCAUCAACUAUGGUAUAUAUCAAUGCCAAUCAUAAUAUUGAACUAUUGGGAGUAACAUUUAGUGAUUUCAGUUUAAAUGAUCUGAGCUGUGAAGAUUAUACACACGUUUGUGUAGACAUAUCACCUGUGGUAGGAAUGUUACCGUAUGAAUGGACGUGGGCAAAUGAAAUGGCUUAUGAAACCAGUUGUACUCAAUUGAAUGGACAAUGUCAAGUUCAAGUUACCCCAGACAACCAAGAUCCGUUGUUAUUGGAUAGUACUAAUGUUGAUGUAACCAUGGGAUAUGAUGACAAUUCAUUUAUUGUGAAUGUUGAAUUUUCAACAAUGACUACCGGAACCGGUAAACUCAGCGGAAAUGCAGAUAUCUUUUUCUCAACCGAAAUAUUUUUCUCUAAUGUUGAUGACCCUCAGGGCAACAUGAAUAAUGCAUUGUUGUCAGACGUAUUUGCGUCCGUCGUAUCAAGCGACAAUGUGGAUAUAGUAAGCGACACAACCAUUUUUUUCAGCAUCAUAGCAGACGGGGUUGACCUGACAGACUAUCAAUGCCAACAUUAUCAGUACAUUUGCAUACGGAUGUUUACUGUUCCUGAAUCUGGACUGAUUUAUGGUGGUCCAUGGGGCACUCAACCAGGUGCUACGUGCACUCUGUUUAAUUCAUGUAGAAAUACCAUCAAGUACGAAUAUGUUCCUGAGGCUAUGAACUAUGUCGAUGCAUCAGCAUAUUGUGGAAAUCUUGGCAAAACUUUAUUCGAUCCUUUUAAUCAGAUGGAACAAAACGAUGGACACUACUUCCUCCAGAAAUAUUUUGGCGGCUUAGACUUUCCAACAAUUUUUAUGGGUCCAAAUGAUCUAGAAAAUGAAGGCUCAUGGAGACACGUUGAUGGUAGUGAUUUAGAAUAUAGUAAUUGGAUUCCAGGAGAACCAUCCAACAGUGGUAGCAACGAGGAUUGCAUGACUGCACUUGGCAGUAUGUUGAAGUGGAAUGAUGUAGCCUGCUCUAAUGAGUACCCGUUCAUUUGCCAAUACAUAUCGCCAUGUGGAUCGGAGUUUCUUUGUGACAAUAAACAUUGCAUUUCUGUUGAGUGGGAGUGCGAUGGAUAUGAUGAUUGUGGAGACCAAAGCGAUGAAGCACAUUGUCCAUGUUAUCCACAAUACGAAUGCAGUGAUGGUACGUGUAUUGAUACAGACAGCCUGUGUGAUUCAAUUGAUAACGAUUGUCCCUCCAACGAAGAUGAAGAGCAUUGCCUCAGCGUACCUUACACCAGUUGCUACCCAGAGUUUGGCUGCAGCAAUGGCGAUUGUUUUGCACAUGACCUCAUCUGUGACUGUCCCGACCUCAUGGGAGACCCCGAAUGUGGCUGUACUGUGGAUCAAUUUACAUGUAAUACUGGUUCAUGUAUAGGAUCAUCCUUGAUAUGCAAUGGUUUUAACGAUUGUUCUUUUGGAGAAGAUGAGUUGAAUUGUUGUAAUAGUGUUGAGUUUAGAUGUAAUUCUGGUCAGUGCAUACCAAAUUAUUGGCACUGUGACGGUUUAGCCGACUGUCCUUCGGGAGAAGAUGAAGUGGACUGUUCUGGCAACGGCGGCGAAAGCAAUUGUAAUAGUAAUGAGUUUACAUGUAAUUCUGGUGACUGCAUACCAAAUUAUUGGCACUGCGAUAAUUAUGUUGACUGUCCGUCGGGAGAAGAUGAAUCGGAUUGUUCUGGGAAUAGUGUGGACAGCUUUUUUCCUUACUCAUAUUAACCAAUCAACUAUUUACCAGCAUUGUAAACGACAUUGGAAAAUUAAAGUUGACAAUGUAGUAGUUUUCAGAAACUACAGGACUGCAGUUAGUAUGAACAACACUUAACAUGAU